CUGGGCUGCUGCGGGUGUUCCAGGACCCAUUUCCGCAUCAUGCUUUCUCUAGAUGUCUGUCUGUCCCUUUCCUACCAGUCUGUGGUCUCCUGUUCACCCCAGUCACCCAGCAGCAGGCCAGGCACUGAGCAGGUGCUCAUAGAAUCUUUGGUGGACAGAGGAAUGAAUGAACAGAAGACUAACCCAGAGCGUGGAGGUGGGAGAGAUCCCUGUAGAGGAACCCCACUGAAGCCCACACUCUGGCAGGGUCCAGGCAUGGUGUGUCUACACAGAGCUUGAAGAACCCCAUUUUGGGUGACGGGAAGCAAUUGGGUGAAGGGGGAGGGAAAGGGCAGGACUUUUGGAGGCAGGCCCCCUCCUGGUGGCUCCCUCACUAUGUGCCUUGGGGAAGUGGCUUCAGCUCGCCAGACCUCAGGUUUCCCUCUAUGAAAUAGGGAUCCUGAACUCACUGAUUGUGCCAGUCCCUGUGGCCCAUGAUGGGCACUUGGUGGAUGUUUGUUGAAUGACUGAAUGACUGAAGGCAGGGAGUGAUGACCAUAUCCCAUAGGCAGCCUGGCUCCAAUGCUCAUCUUUGACUUCAAUCACAUCAGCACCUGGUGUGGCCCAGGGGGGACCUGGUGACUCACUCGUUUUCCUUUGGUUGGAGCCAGAGGUGUUCCUGGGGACAUGGCGGAACAGCACGGAACGCCAGAGCAGGCUGCGGCUGGCAAGAGCCAUGGAGGCCUUGGGGGCAGCUACAAGGUCAUUGUGUACGAAAUGGAGAACUUCCAGGGCAAGCGGUGCGAGCUCUCGGCCGAGUGCCCCAAUCUGACGGAGAGCCUGCUGGAGAAGGUGGGCUCCAUCCAGGUGGAGUCUGGGCCGUGGCUGGCAUUCGAGCGCAGAGCCUUCCGCGGGGAGCAGUUUGUGCUGGAGAAGGGAGAUUACCCUCGUUGGGAUGCCUGGUCCAACAGCCACCACAGUGAUAGCCUCCUGUCCCUCCGCCCUCUGCUCAUCGAUGGCCCAGAUCACAAGCUGCACCUGUUUGAGAAUCCAGCCUUCAGCGGCCGCAAGAUGGAAAUAGUAGAUGAUGACGUGCCCAGCCUCUGGGCUCAUGGCUUCCAGGACCGCGUGGCGAGCAUCCGGGCCAUCAACGGGACGUGGGUUGGCUAUGAGUUCCCUGGCUACCGUGGGCGCCAGUACGUGUUCGAGCGGGGCGAGUACCGCCACUGGAACGAGUGGGAUGCGAACCAGCCGCAGCUGCAGUCCGUUCGCCGCAUCCGCGACCAGAAGUGGCACAAGCGGGGCUGUUUCCUCAGCAGCUGAAGGGCACCCAGGCCCCAGUGGCCCAGGCCCACCCUGAGGGGCAGCAGAGGCAAGAAGAGGAGGCUCCAGGGCCAGGGUGAUGGUCUGCCUGUCCCCCCUUCCCCGGAAUCUGCUCA